CUGCUGGCAUCUGGUGAGCAGACGUCUCCACACCACGGUGAGGUCUCUGAAGAAAACUGGAACUGAGCACUGGUGGUUGGAGCGGCACUUGAAGGAUCCCUUUGUCAAGGCAGCCAAGCGGCAGCAUUACCGUUGCCGAAGCGCCUUCAAAUUGCUGGAGAUCGACGACAAGCUUCAUAUUCUUCGUCCAGGGCUGUCUGUUCUUGACUGUGGAGCGGCGCCUGGAGCUUGGAGCCAGGUUGCUGUAGAGAGGGUCAAUGCCUUAGGGACCGAUCCUGCUAUCCCCACUGGCUUCGUCCUUGGUGUCGACCUCCUGCGGAUUCCUCCUCUGGAAGGAGCAGUCUUCCUGUCAGAGGCAGACAUCGCAGACCCAGGCACGCUGAGGACGAUCCAGAGCCUGCUUCCUGCAGAGAGAGUGGACGUUAUCCUGAGCGACAUGGCACCUAAUGCAACAGGCAUUAAAGAACUGGACCAUCAGAAGCUGAUCAAUCUGUGUUUAGGCCUUCUGAACCUGUCCCAGAAGAUUUUAAAGCCAAAAGGAACAAUGCUUUGUAAAUUUUGGGAUGGACGCGAGUCCCGUCUGCUGCUGAACAGACUGAAGGAGCAGUUCCAGGACGUGAGAACAAUAAAGCCUCAGGCCAGCCGGAUGGACUCUGCUGAAUCCUAUUAUUUGGCAAGACUGUACAAAGGGAAAUGA